GGAGGCUCAGAGGAUCCCCUGCUGACUCCAGGCAGAGGAAGGCAGAGGCUCAGGCAGCUCCUGGAGGAACUGGGAGCCCCUCUCCCCACCGGGCUCCGGAGCCAUGAGCAGCGCUGUGGUCCUCACCCACCUCCCAGACCCCAGCAGCAGCUUCAGGGAAGACGCCCCCCGACCCCCUGUCCCGGGGGAGGAAGGAGAAGCACCAUGCCCGCAACUCGCCAGCUCGUUUCUCCCCAAAAGCCAAAGCUUCAAGGCCAUGCCGGUGCCUCCUGCCCCGCGGAGGAAUGAGAACGGCCUCGGGGAGCCGGAAGGCAGCGCAUCUCCAGACUCCCCUCUGGCCAGAUGGACCAAAUCCUUGCAUUCCUUGUUGGGAGAUCAAGAUGGUGCCUAUCUUUUUCGGACCUUCCUGGAAAGGGAAAAAUGUGUGGAUACCUUAGACUUCUGGUUUGCCUGCAAUGGCUUCAGGCAGAUGGACCUUAAGGAUACCAAAACUUUACGAGUAGCCAAAGCUAUAUACAAAAGGUACAUCGAGAACAACAGCAUCGUCUCCAAGCAGCUCAAGCCUGCUACCAAGACCUACAUAAGGGAUAGCAUCAAGAAGCAGCAGAUAGAUUCUAUCAUGUUUGAUCAGGCACAGACUGAGAUUCAGACUGUGAUGGAGGAAAAUGCUUACCAGAUGUUUUUAACUUCUGAUAUAUACCUCGAAUAUGUACGGAGUGGAGGAGAGAAUCCUGCUUACAUGAACAGCAACGGACUGGGGAGCUUAAAGGUUGUCUGUGGCUAUCUCCCGACCUUGAAUGAAGAAGAGGAAUGGAGCUGUGCAGACUUUAAAAACAAAAUCUUGCCUUCGGUAGUUGGACUAUCCAGCAAGACGUUGAGGGUUACGGCCAACGUCAGAGCUACGGAAACGAUCGAGAACGGAUACAGGUCCUUCAAGAGGAACGAUCCCAUUAACCCGUACCAUGUGAAUUCUGGCUAUGUUUUUGCCCCAGCCACCAGCGCGAAUGAUAGUGAAAUAUCCAGUGAUGCCCUGACGGACGACUCCAUGUCGAUGACGGACAGCAGCGUAGAUGGGAUCCCCCCGUACCGAAUUGGGAGCAAGAAGCAGCUCCAGCGGGAAAUGCAUCGGAGUGUCAAGGCCAACGGGCAAGUUUCUCUACCUCAUUUUCCGUUCGUCUUCCUCUUCCCCACUUGCCCUCCCCCUCUCCACUUCAGAUGUUCAACCUCAAAUCAGCAGAGGGAUCGAAACCACUCCGCUGCCGUUCAGGGGGGAAACACCCCUUUCUGCAAUGCAAGUCUAAUGACAGAAGAUCACAAAGAGCCAAAGAAACCGCCAGUUGUUCACACCUCUCAGUGUAGUGAGUUGGUUGUCACCUAUUUUUUUUGUGGAGAAGAAAUUCCCUACAGGAGGAUGUUAAAGGCCCAGAGCCUGACACUUGGGCACUUUAAAGAACAGCUGAGCAAAAAGGGAAAUUACAGAUACUACUUCAAAAAAGCAAGCGACGAGUUCGACUGUGGUGCGGUAUUCGAAGAGAUUUGGGAGGACGAAACCAUCCUGCCGAUGUACGAAGGAAGGAUUCUUGGGAAAGUAGAAAGAAUCGAUUGAUGGCAUCUGUGUUUCUUAAGAAAAGUUAAGCUAGAAAAGUCUUUGGACACACAACAGUAGUGAUGACAAGGAAAGAAAAAAAAAAACAAACCCACAAAACUCUGAAGGAAAAGUUUUGAACCAAUGAAGAAAAAAAGUGAAGUCUAUGAAGACUUUGCUGAAUUAGCCUUAGAGGAAAAAAAUGGCAUUUAUUAUUCAUGAGUUGGGUACUGAGAUGAUAAAAACCCUGAACUAUUUAUUAAAAACAUGACCACUGUUGGCUAUUGGAGAUGCAGACCGUGUUUGAGAGACUUCCAUACAUAAUAUAUGAUUUCCUGGGGAUCUGAAAACUAUGGACUAAGAGAAACUGUGUAUAGCUUACCUUAACAGUAAUCCCUAUUGAUAUUUAUUGAACAGUCUGUUUUCCCUUAAGUCCAGUUUUUGGAUAUGCUGCUUUAACAAUGGAGAAGAGAGGGGCUGGGAAAGUGGGGUGAUGGGAGGAAGGAUUAUUUUAUUUUUUUACAUUGUUCCCACUAUCUAAAAUUUAGGAGUUUGGCUAUGAACGCAUUCGUGAUUUUUUUUUUUUUUUUGAAGUGGGAGGAGGGAAGGAGUGACGUUGUGCCCAGUAUUUCUCCGAGUGAAGAUAAAACUUUUCUAAAGAAAUAAUAAAAGCCGAAAUAAAAAUACUGUCCUACCAUUCAUCUAGAGACCGGUGCAUUUUAAUCUAUGCUGCUCUAAUUUGAAAUAAAGGUCUUAAGCGUUAAAGAUGUUAGAUGCAAUAUUACGACAGCAACUUGUUAAUGUUGUCCAUGGAUUUCUGCGGUGUGAGGUUUUUGCUUUGCUGCUGUCGGUGGUGAGGGUACCAGGUGGUGUCCGGUGCCUCUCUCGGUCGAGGCAAGGGAGAGCAAAACCCUGAGCCUGGGAGAGCUGUAGAAGCCAUCCAGUUCCCGUUUCCAUGCUUAGCACACCAAAAGGACACGUUGCAAAAGCCGGGUUAAACAAACCCCUGUAUGUAUUCCACGUAGCUAGCUAAUUUUGUUUAGCCAUUCUACUUCAAUGUUAGCACAGUUGUAUUUCAGUGGCGUGUAACUACGAUGGGGCGUAUUUUCAGAUCGGUGUGGAACGCGUGACUCGUUGUGUGGUGGGUUGGGGUUUUGGGGUUUUUUUUUGUUUGUUUCGUUUGGGUUUGUUGGGUGUUUUUUUGUUGGUUUUGUUGGGUUUUUUUUGCCUUACCUUCACAACACCCAUGUGAGCCCGUGGGAGAUGUGGGCGAAGGCGCUCUGCAGCCCUGGGCAGAGCUUGGUGUGUGCGUGUGUGUGGGUGUUGGGAUGGAGCGACCCUUUCCCGGGAACGACCUUGCAUUUCUACAGUUGGGUUUUGUGUUGAUUAAGUUAAUCUGUGCAUUCUGUUUGCCAAUUGCUACUUUGUAUAAGUCUGUAUAUAUUGUAGAAAAUGUAUGGUGAAAAUAUUAAUACACUAUCUCUAGUGUUUUUAAAAUUUAAUCAGUACAGUACCUGUGCCUGCAUGGCGUUACGAGACCAUGCGUCGCCCUAUAUUCAGGGUUCAAGCUUUCCCUUGUUUGUUUAAGGGGUUUAUGUAUAAAUAUAUUUUAUGCCUUUUAUUACAAGUCCUGUACUCAUGACUUUUGCCAUGGCAUUUUGUUCUACUUAUACUGUAAAUUAUGCAUUAUAAAGAGUUUCAUUUAAAAAAAAAAUUACUUGGUACAAUAAUUAUUGUAAUUAAGAGAUGUAGCCUUUAUUAAAAUUUUAUAUUUUU